CAGCGGUUAUGGGAGCUACUGAAUCCUACUCACAGAGCUACACGGAUAGCUGACUAGAAGCAGCAUUACCUACCUGGCCGCAAAUGUUAUUAAUAGUAACGGUGAUGCUACUCGUAGUAACUACUACUUCUGCUAACUAGCAAUUUGUUGUGCAUCGCUAUUGAUUCGUUUCUUGGAAAUGGGUGUCCAGAGAUGGACGCUGAAUGGCGUUUGUUAGCAUUAAGCGGUAGCAGCAAGCUUUCUUCGUGGGUCAAUGAAAGAAGAACGAAAAUGAGACUGCAUAGUUAGUUGGCGUCGUUGAACGGAAAAUAAAGGAAAAUGACAGACAACGUAACAACUACAUUCGUCGAUUAGAAGGCGUCAACAUUACGUUAAAGUUGAAUUUGUGUGCGAGCUCGCGACAUGCAUCACGCACACAGGCACGCAGUGUCUGAUGAGUCGACGUCUGAAGUUGUGAAGAAUUGUUCCAAAUUGUGAUAUGUCAGUGCAGCAGUGGUUCACGAGGGUACAACUCAAUUCUUGGACAUUUUCAUACUGAAACAUUAGGAUAUUUGUGUCUACUACGGUAUUGGCGUGAGUUGUGGAUUUUACUGUUGAUAUAGGUUGGACGUAGUGCUUCAAUCAAAGGUACGGUAUGAUUAUCAUCGCCAGACUGUCGUGUUCUAUGGAGUUGCUGCAGCAGCUAUUGCGUCCGAAGACCCGCUUUGUCGUACCGUGGAUUUUCUUAGCGCAGUUACACUCCACUAAUCGAUCUAACUCGGGCAGUAAACUUUCGUGUAACGUGCAGCACGAGCUCUAUCAUAGACGGUCUACUAGCGUCGCCAGUUAACACGAGCAAAUGGGUAUGCCGAUCGAUUCUACGUCCAUCAGACUCAUCGCCGACAUCGUCGCCGUUCUUUGAAUCGCCAAAAUUGCUCGUUGGUGACAUGACUCGUCGGGAAAAGAAGCAUCGAGACAGCAGCGAUAGCCAGUACAACCUCAAGCUACGGAGUCUGCAGGAAACGCUACGAUGGACGCCGACACUCAUUUUUGCCAUACGAUAUCAGCCGUGGAGUGUUCUCCCAGAAAUUCAACGCCAUCAUGAGGAAGUUUACCGACAGAUGUCGAACAAACGAGAACUGCAACUGGAGACUGCUAGCGGCAAACCGUGCGCUAAAAAGUGCCUCUCGGAAAUUUCUGCAAUCACAACAGUAGGCGGCGGUAGCGGGCCACAGCCGCAAGUGGUGCAGAAGGACACGGGACCUCCGGCAGGUCCUGUGGCCGUCACAAUCAGAAUCACUGAGACGAGCAGCAGCGAACCCGGACUUUCGGCGAGCCCCUCGACGCCAAACAGUCCCCCAGGUUCAACCGAUCUCAACGAGCCAGCCAGUGCAUCUGAUCCCCUGCGUCCGCUGAGUCCAGAACUACCCGAGGGUGCAAGUGAAGGCCCUGGUCGUCAUUCCUCAUCAACAGGACACCCCACACACUCGCCGGCUUCAGCCGGAAUUGGGGCUUUUGCGGUUGUUGCGGUCGAAGGCAGCGAUGGAAACGGAAACAACGGCGAAGGCGGGGACGGAGACACAGCCAAAGUGAUACGCGAAUCCGGACAAACGACGGCCGCCGACCAUCCUACUACCGACGCGCCCGCCGACGGAACGACCAACCCCGCCACACAGAAGACUUGCUGCUUUUGUUGGUGUUGUUGCUGUUCUUGCUCUUGCAACAACGGUAACAUGCGUUCGGAGCAUGCGAACUCGAACAGCGAAGGACAUUCUGAUCAGCUAUCCGCCACCGAACUCUGGGGAGAGCACUCACCGCCUCCACUAGAUGUGAUCCUGGAAUGGGGUGGGUCGUUCGAUAAACUCAUGAGGCAUCCAGCUGGGCGCAAAAUUUUCCGCGAUUAUCUACGCUGUGAAUACAGUGAAGAGAAUAUUCUCUUCUGGUUAGCCUGCGAAGAACUCAAAAAGGAGACCAAGGAGGACCAAGUAGAAGAAAAAGCGCGUCUUAUCUAUGAAGAUUUCAUUUCAAUCCUUUCUCCGCGAGAGGUUUCGUUGGAUUCUCGAGUGCGUGACAUUAUCAACAAGAACAUGGUCACGGGUCCAACCGCGUCGGCGUUCGACGAAGCCCAGCUGCAGAUCUACACGUUGAUGAAGCGCGAUUCCUACCCACGCUUUGUUACUAGCCCUAUCUACCGAAAGAUCACGGAAAUGCCGGCCGCCUCGCGGAAAGCAGGAUAUUCAAGAAUGCCAAUAAUUUUUAGCUGAUUUACGAUAUCAG